AUGAGUGGCACUACAUGUGAGUCCAAUAACCGCGUCAUCCUCCAACAGACGCCUCUGCCUGCCCUUCCUGGAUUACCCCUCCACACAAUGCAGAGAGCUCCUUCGGGGGUUUUACCCCCAGUUUUGGAUGAAAACUGUGUUGUGCAGCAACUCAAAGUUGGUAGCAGCUCUCAGCACUGCCCGCUGGGGCGAGACUGUACCUUACAGGGCUGGUUUGUCGUUGCAGGCCGCUGUCGUUUGACUUGUGAUAGACGUGGCAUGGGACAGCCAUGGCAUUCCUUCGCUGCACGGGCCAGACACUUUGAUUCCACAUCAGAUCUCAAAUCUGGCUGA